AUGAAUCCGGCACUCCGAAAUCGCAUGCAACUUGCGAUGAUGGUCUCGGAAGCUCAAGUCCGUCAAUAUUACCGAUCUGCAAAGAGGGUCCGCCCGAACUCCAAUCCCAGGCCGAGUGUUCAGUUCUACAAUAUUGAUAGCCUAUUGCUUGACGACACCAAAAAGCAGGAUGGUGAUAUGGAUGAUGGGGAGUCCAAGCCGUGGCUCGACAAACCUCGGGAAUCUGCACUUGAGAAAUGCCGCGCAAAUGUCUUUGUGUUGGAGGAAGACAUUGACCUGUCGCAAUCGGAUCUUUGUGACAUGCUCGUCAGCGAUCCUCCGACGCCAAAUGUACCGGCACAUGAGAACAGGCAGAAAGUCGAAGGUGGUUCGGAUAGUCUUCCCGGAGGGAAUGGCUCUUCAGAUGCAGACUGGGAGUUCCACUGGUAG